GGAAGACGAGAGACAAAGCUGAGAAACUGGCCAGAGCAGGCAGCGGAGGACCUUGAACGCCCAGACCAGGAUUUGGGACUCGCCCGCUUGAGUGUGGGCGUGGCUGAAGGCAGCAGUCCCUGGUGCUACCGCUGCUGGUGGGGUCGUCACGGGUGCUCCGGGGAGGAGAAUAGCCUCGAACAAUCGAGACCGUGAUGGGGCUGGGGAGCGGAGGGCCCAAGGGCUGUGAACAGGGCCCUGUGCUAGCACCUGCCACCCGUUACUCCCUCCCUCCCUCUCUGCGUCUUUGUGCCGUGUCCUUUCCUUUCGCAGUAAACGUUCUUCUUCCGAGAAAUUCCAAGGGGAUCUCAGCCAAGCAGAGGGGGGAGGGAUCCUGCCCACGCCUGGGGCGGGGGGAGGUAGAGGUGGAGGGAGCGCCGGGAACGGGUGGAGGGAGCCCGAGCCGGAGAGGGCUGGCGCCGCUGGCGAGCGGGGCGCCGGCUGGCCAGAGGGGCCCAGGACGGCCCGGGACGGUGACCCGGCUCUGGCCCUGAGCCCCAGACGCCUGAGUCCUUGAGUCUCCAGCCUCCCCCGCCCCCCCGCGCGGCCCCCGCCCCGGCUCCGCCCCGCCCCUCGCGCGGGGUCCGUGUCUGCGGCUGCGUUCCCCGAAAGACAAGGCUGCACCCGGCUUCCCUUCCACAGGGAGACCGAAGGGCACCUCUCCCCGCGCCGCCCGCGCUUCCCGGAGCCCCGGAGUCGCGACACCCCAGGGAUGUGAGUGCGCCCCCGACCUGAGGCCCGCGCUCCACGCUUAGAUCCGCGGCCUGUGCCCCAGACGACCCCAGCCUGCAGCCCCCGCGCCUUCCUGAGGCCCGCCUGGAGCAUGUUGCCUGCGGCCAUGAAGGGCCUCGGCCUGGUGCUGCUGGCCGCUCUGCUGUGCUCUGGCCCCGCUCAUGGCCUGUGGUGCCAGGACUGCACGCUGACCACCAACUCCAGUCAUUGUACCCCGAAGCAGUGCCCGCCGGCAGACACGGUGUGUGCCAGCGUCCAGAUCACAGAUCCCAGCAGCAGCAGGAAGGAUCAUUCUGUGAACAAGAUGUGUGCCUCGUCCUGUGACUUCGUGAAGCGGCACUUUUUCUCAGACUAUCUGAUGGGCUUCAUUAACUCUGGGAUCUUGAAAGUAGAUGUGGACUGCUGUGAGAAGGAUUUGUGCAACGGGGUGGCGCUGGCGGGGCGCAGCUCCUGGGCCCUGGCGGGGGGACUCCUGCUUGGCCUGGGGCCCACCCUCCUCUGGGCUGGGCCCUGAGGUCCCCUCCCUCCCGCAGAGCUUCUGAACUCGUCCCGCCAGACCUGAGGCUGUGGCUGCCCCCUCCCCAGCCUGGCCUGGCUGAAGCUGGGGGCAGCCUUGGCCUGUCCACAGUCUGUGGCCCCCGCCCCUCCCUGUCUCUCCACCAGCUCCAAGUCCCAGCCAGCAGGACAUCUCCAGGAAUCAGGCGUCCAGCAGGAGGCUGGGACCCCGGGCCUCGGAGGGGAAGCCAGGCUGAGCCAGGCCCCGCCCGACAGCCUGGCUGUGAGGGCAUCCUCUAAGGAGAAGUAAAGUCAAUUCUGAGUCCAGAGACCCGGGCCUGAGCCUGGUGGGGAUUUUUUUUU